AUGAGGGACAGGAUGCUGGGCCAGGGGGACCUCGGAGAAAAGACGAACAUCCAGGAUGAUGAGAACCGGCUUUGGGGAGGAAGGAUCAAGGACCUUAAGGUCAGGGCGUCCCCUGGAGAGGCCCAGCCGGAGGGAUGGGGUGGACUCCAGGCAGCUCCGGCCUCCGUGGCCCGGUCCCCGCAAAUCAAAGUCCCCAGCCUGGGGCUGGACACACUGCCCUCGCUCCGCCAGGCCCUGGUGGCCGGGCUCGCUUCGGGGAGGAAGGAACGGGGCACGGCUACCAGGGAAAUGGCCACCAUCGUGCACAAGGUCCACGGGGAGGGAUGGAUGGGGCAGUGUUGCCUCCGAGUCAGCCCGGAACUCCCCAGCCCUCCAGCCUUCUCUGCCCCUCAAGGCCUUUCUGGGGUGUGGAAGGUUCUAGCCUGGUCUCGGGAGCUCCGGCACUGCCUGGCUGGCUGUCUCCUGGCCUGGGCUGAGCAGGAACCUGGUCGCGCCCGAGGACCCUCUGCCCGUGACUCGCCCUCGGCCCAAGCAGAAGCUGCCAACGGGCCGCUAAGCCACAGCUCACCCCGGGCAUUAAUUAGCGUUGCCGCUGGCCCCGCCAGCCAUUCCCUGCUCCCAGUCACUGUGCUGGAACCUCCUGGAAACAGCACCCGACGGUCUGCGUCCUCGGCCACUCGGCAUAUGGCCGAGAGGUCGCGGUACGCGGACACGCCGCCCGCUUGGGCCGCCAGCUGGGGCAUUUCUCUGCCCGAGGGCUUUCUGUGCCUGGCAGGGCCCGCUCUGCCCACACGAUGGUGUCACCGAGGCCCAGAGAGGAUGACGGACCUGUCCAAAGUCACACAGUCAGCGGCCAAGCCAGGUUUCAAGCCCCCAGCACUCACCCCACCCCUGAAACAGACACUCAGGAUGGCUGUGUGCGCCCCCGCCUGGAGUCUGGGCUACCUGACUGUCAACAUUGAACCUCUCCCACCCGUGGUGGCUGGUGAUGCCGUGACCUUGAAGUGUAACUUCAAGACAGAUGGUCGCAUGCGUGAGAUCGUGUGGUACCGGGUGACGGGCGGCACCAUCAAGCAAAGAUCUUCACCUUGACGCCUGUUCUCCACCAACUACUGCAUACUGGAGAACUACCCCUCUAAAGAGGAGGAAGACCUGGUGUACCAGUCCACAAUAAGUGAGGGGCUGCCCGAAGUCCGCAUCUCAGACAACGGUCCCUAUGAGUGCCACGUGGGCAUCUACGACCGCGCCACGAGAGAGAAGGUGGUCCUGGCAUCAGGCAACAUCUUCCUCAACGUCAUGGCUCCCCCCACCUCCAUCGAAGUGAUGGCCGCAGACAUGCCCGCCCCCUUCAGCCGCUACCAAGCCCAGAACUUCACGCUGGUCUGCAUUGUGUCCGGAGGGAAACCAGCGCCCAUGGUUUAUUUCAAACGCGAUGGCGAACCCAUCGAUGCCGUGCCCCUGACGGAGCCGCUGGAGGCAAGCUCUGGCCCCUUCCAGGACAGCAGGCCUUUCCGCAGCCUCCUGCACCGUGACCUAGAUGACACCAAGAUGCAGAGGUCGCUGUCUCUGCUGGACGCCGAGAACCGGGGCGGGCGCCCCUACACAGAGCGCCCUGCCCGCAGCCUGACCCCAGACCCCGGCGUCCUCCUCCAGCCGACCACCGAGAACGUCCCAGAGACGGUGGUGAGCCGCGAGUUCCCGCGCUGGGUCCACAGCGCCGAGCCCAUCUACUUCCUGCGCCACAGCCACACCCCGGGCAGUGACGGCACCGUGGAGGUCCGUGCCUUGCUCACCUGGACGCUCAACCCACAGAUCGACAAUGAGGCCCUCUUCAGCUGUGAGGUCAAGCACCCAGCGCUGUCGAUGCCCAUGCAGGCAGAGGUCACGCUGGUUGCCCCGAAAGGACCCAAAAUCAUGAUGACACCCAGCAGAGCCCGGGUCGGGGACACAGUGAGGAUUCUGGUCCACGGAUUUCAGAACGAAGUCUUCCCGGAGCCCAUGUUCACCUGGACGCGGGUCGGAAGCCGCCUCUUGGAUGGCAGCGCUGAGUUUGACGGGAAGGAGCUGGUGCUGGAGCGGGUUCCCGCCGAGCUCAACGGCUCCAUGUACCGUUGCACAGCCCAGAACCCCCUGGGCUCCACCGACACACACACCCGGCUCAUCGUAUUUGAAAACCCAAAUAUUCCAAGAGGAACGGAAGACUCCAAUGGUUCCGCUUCUGGCCCUGCUGGCGUCCGGCUCACCUUGGUGCUCGCCCUGACAGUGGUCCUGGAGCUGACGUGA